CGAUCUACUGCAGAGAUGGAUUUAUAUUAUCUUGGCGUGUCUAUCAUUCGUCAUUUGUUUCUCUGGAGUGACUACUGCCGGUUGUUCGGACGGGUUAGAACUGAACUAUACUUUACCAAUGUUCAACGAAUGCCAACCUAAGCUCCAUUCAGAUGGCAGUUUGGCACAGACCAUCCCCAAGAUCAUAGGCCUACCUGAUGCUUCGUCGGGCAGUGCUUCUUGCCAUGGGGAUAGUAGACUGAACAUCCCUCCAGGACAUAGGGUGUGCAGAUUUCCAGAUUGUGAGACGAAUCGCUGUGAAAACGGCUGGUGUGAAGAGACUAUAGACACCUAUGUAUGCCAUUGUUCAGCUGGGUAUCAAGGGAAAUAUUGCAAUGAAGAAUCACUUACUACGACGAUGACUACGACAGAAUCCACAACCACUCGGUCAACAACUACUGCUCAGCCAACCACACCAAUGACAACUUCGACAGAAUCCACAACCACAAAGCCAACAACUACUCCGAUCGUAACUACGACGGAAUCCGCGACUACUCAGCCAACGACAACCACUGAACCAACUACGACGAUGACUACGACAGAAUCCACGACCACAGAGCCAACAACUACAACUCCAGUGGCGACAACCACGACCCCACAGCCAACAACAACUACUGAACCAACUACAACCGUGACUACGACAGACGCCACCACCACACAGCCCACAACUACUCCUCCAGUGGCGACAACCACGACCCCACAGCCAACAACAACUACUGAACCAACUACCACCGUGACUACGACAGAUGCCACCACCACACAGCCCACAACUACUGCUCCGAUGACUGCAAAGAUCUUUGUCACGGAUCUGGACAACGACAGGAUCCACGUUGCCGACCUGGAUGGCAGCUUUGCAUUUAGUUCUAUCCCUUCUUCCUCUGUACCUCGUUAUAUCACUUAUGACUCUGUGGAUCAGAAGAUCUACUGGACAGAUCUUAAUAAUUACAGAGUUUAUCGAGCUUACGAGGAUGGUAGCAACAAGGAGACGGUCACUUUUCCAAGCUCCGAUGAACUAAGAGGACUUGCUGUCGCCACGACUUCUCGCACUCUCUACAUUGCCAAUAAGAGCCCACAGAAAAUAACAUCUGUCUCUAUUUCACCGGAAACCGCAUUACCUGGGGCUGUGGAGGACUUUGCAACAGAGCUAUCUGACGAGCCUUAUUCAGUGACAGUGGAUGAAACACAUGGAUUCAUAUAUUGGUCAUUGAAAGACGGCAAGAUCCAACGCAAACCUAUACCUGGGCCUGCUGGUGUUAUCGAAACGGUGUAUGACGACUCAUGUUUAUCUGAAAUCACGGGACUCAGCAUCGAUAGCAGCCGAGAUCCUCCGCGCAUAUUUUUCAGCGAUUUCGGUGAUGAGAGUUCGUUUUACAAGGAUGUCAGCGAGCCUCUAAACACAAAUACCGCUGAAGAGCUGACCAGUCACAUGACCGAUAUGGACGUCAGUGGGACAAAGGAACGAGAGAAGUUGAGAGAUAUCAUCUACUUCAAUGGCGUCCUCUACUGGGUGAAGGAAGACAGUCCUUCGGGGAUCGCCACUAUGACGAAUUACGAUCAAAACAGCCGAUCAUUCAACUUAGAAACUAUAAAUAGUAUUGGGAAGCCCUUUCAGUUUGUCAUCACAAAUGCAGAUGAAUAACGAAAAUAAUCAUUACAUUUACCUUCACAGUUUGGCCACAGGGCAGGUACAGUAAGGUGUUGUAUGAUAUUCUGAAGUUAGAACAGGUUGCUCCAUUUUGACAGGGAUCGCAGGU